CCGACUCCCGGCGACAUGUGGCGGGGCAGCCGCUGGCUGCGGGGGCUGGUGCUGCCGGCGGCGAGGGGGCUGCGGCUGGGGGCCGCUGGGCGCUGCGCUCCCUGCUGGGCGCGGCGGGCCCUCGGCGGCGGGCCCAGCGCGGAGCUGCGGCCGGGCGGAGGAGCCGAGCAGGAGCACAGGGCCCCAGGUCAUGCGCUUUCCAAGUUCAAUAUUGAUUUUAUCAUAGCUCUACUGAGGCAAGAAAAUGCUAGCAACAUUUGUGUUAUCCAGGUGCCUCCAGAAAUGAGAUACAGUGAUUAUUUUAUAAUUGUGAGUGGAGCUUCUUCAAGACACCUCCAUGCUAUGGCCCACUACAUGCUGAAAAUGUACAAGCAACUGAAACAAGAAAAUGAUCCUCACAUUCAGAUUGAAGGGAAAGAGACAGAUGACUGGAUAUGCAUUGAUUUUGGUAGCACAGUGAUCCAUUUCAUGCUUCCUGAGACACGAGAUAUUUAUGAGUUGGAAAAGUUAUGGACGCUCCGUUCUUAUGAUGACCAGUUAGCACAGAUGAUUCCAGAGUCUUUACCAGAAGACUUCGUAUUUGGACUUACUCACCAGCAGCACUGACGAAAAUCUUUCCGUCAUGAAAGGAAUACAUACAAAUAAUGCAGUUAGAGCACUCACCACUUCAGGAUUAAAAGAGUGAAACAAGCAAUUUCUGUGGUUACUUCUUGGGUGAGGGGACACAGCUAAGAGCCACUUGCUUGAAUACCCCUCCACUGUUGUGCAGUUAGUGAGGGACGAGGCUUACAGCAAUACAGCUCUAGAACACAAAGUACCUAAUUGAAUCUGUCUGGAAUUGUGGGUAUUAUGAUUCAAGUUGGUAAUUGUUUUGAAGAAGUGGAUUCUAGCCCCCUUGUUCUUCCAGAAGUGCAGGGGGACCCUGUGACUGAAGUAGUCAGCAUCUCAGUUGAAGUUGUAGCUGAAAGUAUACUAAAGGAAGAGUAGCAGCUAUUUGAAUCAGAGACAGUCAACAUGAAACUCAGUUUAAAAGGAACUUUAGUUACUAUACCUGCCCCUGAAUCUUCCUACCAGUGUUUGGUUUUAAUACCGAAACUGUCUCCCUCUGCUGUUGCUGUAUGUGAAAAUGAAAACCCUGCUCUAGGUCAAUAAUCAAGGUGUUAUGUAAAUUGCAUUGGUUUGAGGGUUAAUUUACUGUGUCCCUUUAACACCAUUUACUAGCAUGGAUCCAUUGUGAGCAGAGCUCAAACCUUGUUUAAUCUGAGGUUAAAGUACAACUAGGGGAAGCAAAGUAGUAUUGAGAAGGGCUUGUUCAUACUGAUAGCAUGGGGCAAGCUAAGAUGUAAAUCUACAGCACUGUACUAGUAUGCCAUGCACUAAGAGUUCCAAAGUGCAUGCUGAUGUACUGCUGUUUGAAAUUAUUUUUGUGGGUGACAGACUAGAGUGCUGUAGAUUUAUAACCUGGCUUGCUGUGCAUUAACAGAUCAUGUAGAUGAGCCCUAAAGGGGAUUUUGUGAUAAAGUAAGGAGAUGUUGUACCUAAAACCAAACAGCCCCUGUGCAAUAUAGCUCAACAUUUUCUCAAAUGCUCGAACCUGAAAAGAAAACCCUACACAUUCAGCAAAAGGAAGAAACUUGGAAAGCAAUGCUUAAAACCACUCUGGCUAAUGUUCAACUUUGCCUAGCUGGUAUGUCCAGAUUCAUUCCAAAGGGAUCCCUUGAAGUCAUUAAGGUAGGGAAAGGUCACUGAUUUAAGAAAGGAGCAGGAGAGAAGUAAAGAGGAGAUGGGCCAGUCCUAUUAAACAGGGUUAAAGAGGGCAAGUCAAGGCAGAAAAAAUGAUUUCGGGAAAAGAAACAUUAUAAAUAACUCGAUGCUUUUCAAACAGAAGCACUGUGCUCUUGAAAUUAGAAACAUUCCACCUGUAAUAUAGUCUGCUAUCCUGUAACAAUUAAUUGAGGCUCACUCAUGCUCAGAAUUGAAGACAUGUUCUAUCAUACUGUGAUACUAUGUUUUCUGGAUGCCUGCUGGUGCUUUUCAAAGCACCCAGUCCAAAGAGAAUUCCAGAUUACUUAUUGAGUUUCCCUUUCAAUAUUUUGCCAAUAAAAUCUGCUCUUAUGUGAAACAAA